GUGAGACAUCAACUGUCUCAAAACGUGUACCUUGCCCACCGCACAUAUGAUAUUAAAAUUGAAUUAUAUUAAUAUUUAAACAAAUGCGGCAUUAAAAGAAAUAUAUGGUGAUCGCGCGCCUGUUAUAGAAUGAAAACAAUUGAAAAUGAUAUUUGAAGAAUUUUAAAUUAAAUUUGUGGUUUACAAGUCUGGACUUAAGUUUAAUAGAAGUGAGUUAAUAAAAUGUGAUAAAAUUAUUGUUUUUAUACAAAGUUAAGUUUAUGUCUGAGAUUAAAGAUGUUAUGUGAAGCUCUCUAAACUAUGUAAAAGUUGAUAUUUUGUAAUAAACAAGUGUGUGAAAAUUGUUUAGUCUACUAGGAACACAUGAAGCAAUAUGUGUCUGUUUUAAUAUCAGUGUUAAGUGCAGGACAGGAUAGUUAAAAUGAUUCCGUUUAGGAAAGUUGUACAUCGUACCUGUUUUUUCGUCAGUAGAACUGUCUAUAUGACAUGCUGCUGCGGCUGCUGCUCAGCGCUGCGGCCCCGGUACAAGCGGCUGGUCGACAACAUAUUCCCCGCGUCGCCGCAAGAUGGCCUCGUCAAAUCCAAUAUGGAGAAACUCACCUUUUAUUCCCUCUCCAGCCCGGAGAAACUGGAUAGGAUCGGCGAAUACCUCUUCCAGAAGGCGUCGAGGGAUAUCUAUAGGCGAAGACAUGGGUUCGUGAUAAUAGCGAUGGAAGCUAUGGACCAGCUCCUCCUCGCCUGUCACGCUCAGACAUUGAAUCUGUUUGUGGAGUCGUUCCUCAAAAUGGUGCAGAAGCUGCUAGAGUCCACUGACCCCCAACUGCAGAUAUUGGCAACACAAAGCUUCGUCCGUUUCGCGAACAUAGAAGAGGACACGCCGUCGUACCAUCGCCGUUACGACUUCUUCGUGUCGAAGUUCUCGGCAAUGUGUCACAGCAACCACGGAGACGCUGGUACUAGGGACAAGAUUCGAUUGGCAGGAAUCCAGGGGCUGCAGGGUGUGAUAAGAAAAACGGUAUCAGACGAUCUGGUUGAGAAUAUUUGGGAGGCGCAGCACAUGGACAAGAUUGUACCAUCGCUUUUGUACAACAUGCAGACUGCGGAGAAAUACGAAACAGUGUCGUGUAUGGAAACGGACGGACGGGACCCCGGCGGCGAGGACGAGCCGCCGCGGCUGGCCGAGGCUUGUCUCCGGGAGCUGGUGGGCAGAGCCUCUUUCGGACACAUCCGGAGUAUACUGCAUCCUGUACUUACUCAUUUCGACCGCCAUGAGCUGUGGGUGCCGAACGACUUCGCCGUCCACACUUUCAAGAUCAUCAUGUUUUCAAUACAGGCGCAAUACUCGUACAGUGUAGUGGAAGCGCUCAUGCAGCAUUUGGAUGCGGCUUGUCCGGACUCCACUGAUCCUAAGGCCAGGACUAGGGUCCGAGCGGCGAGGGCGGCUGUACUUAGCAAUAUUGUGGCUAUAGCGGCUGGGGAUAGCGUUGGCCCCUCCGUUUUGGAGAUCAUCAACAAUCUCUUGACUAACUUGAGAGCGUCCGUCGCCAGAGAUUCCGAGAAAGAAACAGACGAGAAAUUAUAUCAAGAAGCGUUGAUAAAUGCUCUGGGAGAGUUCGCAGACCACCUUCCAGACUUCCAGAAGAUAGAUAUCAUGAUGUUUAUAGUUAGCAAGGUCCCGGGCGGGGGGAAGGGUACCAGGGCUGAUGCAAUGCUGCAGAGUAUCCUGCUCAAGUCUUUGCUCAAAGUGGGCACCACGUACAAAACGACGGAGCUGAGCAAAGCGUUCCCGGCUGCGUUCCUGGAGGCGCUGCUGCGGGUGUCGCGGGCCGGCGACGCGGCGCCGCGUGCGCUGCUGCAGCGGCUGCUGCACACGCUGCUGGACCGCCGCGGCAACGCCGCCCGGCUGCUGCGACCCACAGUGGAGUACGAGCAGCUUGGCCUCUCGGUGGAGAAGUGUUCUCGACAAGACCUGAUAUUCAUCAGUAAACAUGGAUACGCUAUAUUCAGCUCCUUAUAUGAAGGACUCCAAUUGGAAUCGAACACGAAGGAGAACAUAGAAGCUAUAUACACGACACUGGCUUUGCUCAUUAUUGAGCUUGCCUCAGAGGAAACGUUGUGUGACGUGCUGCAACUUAUUAUGGCCAUCCAGCAGUCGUCGAUAUCGAACCCGGUGCUGUCGGUGGCGCAGCAGUGUCAGCUGCAAGCGGUGUCCAUAGCGCUGGCAGCGUUACUGCCGCACGUCAUGAUGCUGCCGAGGCUCGCCGACUACAUCGAUAGGAUCGUGGCGGCGCGGCGCGAGGAGGCGCCGCACCUGCUGCCGCCCGCGCCUCGCGACGGCGACCUCGUGUCCGCCUCCGCCUCGCCCGCCUCUCUGCCCUACCUCAUGAUCGACCAGUUGGCACUAUGCGAAUGCCUGAAAGGAUGCGGUAUUGAAGCGUCCCGCCUACAGUCGCCUUCACCGUACUCGUCUGGGAAUGCUGCUGCCUUGGCGCACCGACACAGCUGGGUCGAAGCUGGGGCGGCGGCGGGUCGCGACAGCUUGGCUGAUAUAACAGCUGGACCGGUAGCCGAGUUGGACAGCGCUAACAGCUCGCCUGGUGUUCAGAGGAGAGCCGCGCAAUACGACGCGCUGGAUGAGGAAUACAGAAUGUUCGUAGAGAAGUACAAUAGGAACUACCGACCGUCUGCCAUUUCUUUUGGCGCUUAUCAAACCAACAACGACUUCUGGCACUGGGGCCACGAGAACACGGACACGUUCAGCUCGCACGACAUGAGGCACAAGAGGCAACAACUCGAAACGCAUCCAAUGCAAAGCGAGAGCGUUUCUCUAGAAGCCUUACGCCGCGCGGCUACCGGGCCCAGCGAAGCGGAGAGAAGGGAGGCUGAGAGGCAGAAGGCCACCCUCAACUACGCGUUUAGGACUGCGCCCUUCCAGCAUCUAGUGGCUAUGACUCAACCCAAGUACGAAAUCAAAGACAAGCUAGACGAGAUCUUCAACAGCAUCACAGAGGAGCCGCUGCUGCCCGCAUCAGGUGCGUGUUCACCCAACGCUCAGGGCAAGUCCUACCAGCAACACGUGCCGCCGUACACUAAGUACUUCCCCGAGCUGUUCCUGUAUUAACUGGCGAACGAAACAUGAAAUUGUUUACAUGGAAUCCAGUGGUUUCGGGAAAUGAUAACACCGGUGCGAAAAGGAAUUCCUGAAACAGUAUACAUUUGUUAUUAUUUAUUUAUUAUUUAGAUACUUAAUGCUUCCACCUACGUUCGAUUGCGUUGAGAUUUUUUUCAAUGUUGAAUCAUUUGGGACCAUAAUUUCAUUUUAAUUGACAAAACUUUUUUUGUAUACAGUUUUUUUUUUGUUUUGAAUCAGUUAUGACUAUUUUUGCACUUAGAUCAAAUAUCUUAGAUUCUUCGUUGCGUGUCGACGCUCUCCAGCGAUAUAGGAAUUAGAUCUUCCCGGACAAGGGUUGUCAGUGGCAAACACAAAUCCACGAGUAAUUACACGAGUUAGGGUUUAGGGAACAACACACACUGGAUUCUAGGAUAUUUGAUCCAAUCUAGGACCUAGAAUUUACUCAAUUUGACAUCACAUGAUUUGAAUUUUUAGUGUUUAUUCAAAUAAACAUUUUCUAUAUACAUACCUACAAUAUUAUAAUAGAUAUGGCUUUGACACGUUCAAAUAGUUGAAUUAACAAAAAGUUGCUUAGCUUGCGAUUUUGAAAAAAUACAUUCCAAAAGUUAUACUUAUGAGAAUCUCAACUUAUUAAAGUUUUGGUCAAAAAAAAUUGUUAAAAAAUAUUAUUAAACUUUAUUUUAAUAACACAUAAUAUUAUAUCAUAUAUUUAUAUCUCUAUUUCUUACUAUGACACAGACUAUGUACCAAUUAUUUAAAACUAUUUUGACUAAAACUUUAAUCUACUGUAAUAUGUGUGUGUGACCAUAUACAUAGCUCAUGUGUUCAGUAUUUUCUAUUAUAUAAUAUAUAUAUCUCUGUUACUAUUCAUACAUGAAUAGGCAUUGUUAGUAUUGAAUUAAAUCUAUUUUUGUAAUUGGGAUGGAAAACCAAUCUAACUAUUCCACAAUGUGAGUAAUUUAUUUUAGAUAUUAAUUGGAAUGAUUGGACAAAUUGACUAAAAUAACUUGGAGUUCUAAAAAAUGUAGCAAUAAUGUACAAGUGAGCGUUAAAUGUUUAUCAUGAAUAUAAAUAUUCUAGAUAUAUGUCAUAUUAUGUAUUGGUUAUGUGAAAAUUAGUAAUAUAUAUUUGUAUUUUA